UCUUGCUAAUUUGACUAUGUUGGUCAUCACGGGAACAAAACCAGAGCAGGACCCAGAAAGAAGCAGGGGCAGCAUGAGUCUCCAGGAUCAAGGAGGCCUGAAUGGAAAUGACCAUCACUUGGACAACACUGGAUGCUGAGGCAGCCUCCACCCCUACCCUACCCUUGCACUCUGAGCAUGUGAGGUAUCUCGUAUUGCUAUCACUAAGUCUGACUUCUUUCUUCCCUGCAUAUUCUUACAAUACACUGGAGAUCAGUUGGGGUUGGGUUGACUCCACCACUAGAAUCAGCUUGGUCCCAGGAGAAGUCUAUUUCUACCAAUGCCUCCUCUGUAGAUCUUGAUUUAUGUAAAUACUGCAUAGGUGAAGAAUUAGAAAAGAAGUUGCUUGCUCACAUACUCCUCCCUGGUGGCAAGAUUUUCUGUGCUGGCCCUGCUUCAACAGCCCCACCAGUUGGAGGCUAUGAAGGGACAGCACAUGCCAAGGCCCUAUGCCAGUUGGCAGCAUAUCUGGUGUGGCCAGAAUUUAGAGGGUGAGAGGGUUUGUGCUAUUAAUAUUUGCUAAGACUGGAGAGGUAAUGGGAACAGACUCCCCAGGACUUGAGAGCCAAAUAAAGGAAUGUGGUAUAGCCUAAAAACAAUGGGAAACCACAAAAGAACUUAGGGCAGAAAGCUGACAUCACAUUUUUAAAAAAAGGUAUAGGUAUGGUUGCUCUGUAAAGAAUGGACUGGAGGUGCGGAGACCAGAAAGAAGUGAGAGAUAAAGGUAGCCUGCACUGGGGAAAAGGCAGUGGGAACAGAGAGAAGACAGUUCUGGGAGGUGUUUGGAGGCCGAACCAGCAGGAUUUGGAGAGGCCCUGAAAAGAAAGAGGUGGGCAGUGUGGAGGAGGCAUCAAGCACGACAUUCAGGUCAGCUCUGGAGCCAUGCCCUGGGCUUCCUUGCCACUUCUGCCCACUGCCAGCACCUGGAUAACUUUUGUCAUAGCUUCUGUCCCCGAAUUGUCCCUGUGUCCAAGUCUGUCCACUCAUACUGCAGGCUCCUAGAGGACAAGGUUUAACUAACGUGUGCUUGUUUCCCCCAGUACAGGGCAGGACACAGAGAUGGCCUCAGGUGAGGUUAAGGGGAGGACACGCAACCCUGUUGGCUAAAAUCUGCUUGCCACUUGGGUGUGAGUGCUCACAUGCCCCUGAGUGUCUAAGAAUUUGGGUGUGUCUGUGUUUCUGUGAUGGCUUUGUGUGGUAGCCUCAAGGUUAUGGCCAACAGUGCCAGCGUAUUUAAGGACUGAAGUUGCACGCUAUAGAAAAUGUACUGCAUGGCUAAUCUGCAGAGACAGUGCCAACCUUCUCUGGCUCAACACAACUUGUGUCUGUCGGAUUAGAGUUUCCCCCAAGACCUGGGAUGCUAGACAUUUGGGCCCUGGAGAAAAACUAAAAACAAAACAAAACAAAAAGCUCGAAAAGCUAAAUUCUUCCUUCUCAUUCCUCUGUCAGCAGCUGCUAUUUAUCUUUUGGAGUUCCUGCCCUUCUCUUCCCCAUUCUUUAUAGCCCCCACUUCUUUGUGGGAUUAUCAAGUGUGGCACAGAUAAGCUAUUUGACCCCCAAAUGCACAUUUUGGUCUGGAGAACCGCAGAUACAAGGGUUUCUCCUCCCUCUUCCCACCCAGCUGCAAAAAUGGGUCCAGGGGCUGCUGAUGAGCAGUAGGGGGCAGGGGAGAGAAGGGAACGAGGUCUGAGUGUGUGUAUACAAGACACCCAGGGCAGGGACACACCCUGCUGUUCUCUGAAAUAGAGCCCUAGAGGACUCACACUUUGCAGGGGGGCUGCCUAGACAACCCUCCAGCUACAGUAGGCAGGGAGCAGACCCACCUCCAGUAUAGCGCCUUUGGUUUGCCCUUCCUCCUGGCCAGCAGGCACUGGGCACAAUCCCUCAAAUACACCAAAAAUAGGAAUUCUUCUCCUCCUGGAUAGCCUAGGACCUCUAGUCCUUCUGGAAGAGUUUUGCUCAUUUUCUUUUUGGGGAGGUUUCUAGGGUCUCCAGUCCUCAGGAUUAGGUCACUACGCUGGCCACUCCUAUCACUUGGGAAAGAUUCCAAAGGUGGAGCAGCUCCAGUGGGUACUAAGGUUCAGAAUAGAGCCUUGAGAGGCUGGGAAUGAGGAGUUUGGGCCCAGACCCAGAAACCUCUCAGCUUCUGUGACAAAGCACAUCCCCCACUGUGUGUGCACGUGGGUGUGUGGGUGGGGGUUCUCGGAGGAGGCAAUUAGGAUGAGGGCCUGAGGCUGGAAAUAGGGUGGGGCCUGCUGAGGAAGACAGAGCGUAGCCCUUGAGGCUUCUGGGAGAGCUAGAGCCAGAGGAACCACAAGAUAAGGCGGGUGUGACCACAAAACCAGGUGCCAGUCUGUUCCUUAGGAUCCAUACUUCUGACAUCAAGGCCGGGGCUUCCACACGGAGGUCCUUGAGACUCCAUUCCCUUCUCGCGAGGCCACGCAGCCAAGUCUCCUGAGUCGACGGUUGGGACCCCGUCGUCGCCCUCUGCCCUUCACCCGCCCCUCUCAGCCUCUCGAGAUCAGUCCCUGCUAGCCUGUCCGGCCCUACGCAGCAUGAAGUCUGUUGGCCUCGAGGGUCCCAGCGUGCUCUGCCGAAGGCCUCUGGUGGGUCUGCUCCUCCUGCUGUCGCUGCUGCUGCGGCCGAUAACCCACGCCCAGACCAUGCCAGGCUCCUCUGGCGCCCCAACAAUGCUGGGCACCCCCAGCGACAGUACAACGCCAAGUGUCUUUAUCGACCCGACUGGGCCAGGCACCUCUCCUGCCUUGACCGCGCCGGGAGGCCCCCGCACCCCGAGUCUGCGGGAGCUUGCACAGGCCCUGAUGCGAGACUUCCCGCUCGUGGACGGCCAUAAUGACAUGCCCCUGGUCCUGAGGCAGUUUUACCGCAACCGGCUGCAGGAUGUUAAUCUGCGCAAUUUCAGCGAUGGCCAGACCAGCCUGGACAGGCUUAGAGAAGGUCUCGUGGGUGCUCAGUUCUGGUCAGCCUACGUCCCAUGCCAGACCCAGGAACGGGAUGCUGUACGCCUGACCCUGGAGCAAAUUGACCUCAUCCACCGUAUGUGUGCCUCCUAUUCUGAGCUGGAGCUUGUGACCUCAGUUAAAGCUCUGAACAGUACCCGGAAGUUGGCUUGCCUCAUUGGUGUGGAGGGCGGCCAUUCAUUGGACAGUAGCCUCUCCAUCUUGCGUACCUUCUAUAUGCUGGGCGUGCGCUACUUGACACUCACCCACACCUGCAACACGCCCUGGGCAGAAAGCUCAGCUAAGGACAUCCACCCCUUCUACAACAAUGUCAGUGGGCUGACCAGCUUUGGUGAGAAGGUGGUGGUGGAAAUGAACCGCCUGGGAAUGAUGGUAGACUUGUCCCAUGUCUCAGACACCGUGGCACGGCAGGCCCUGGAAGUGUCACAGGCACCUGUGAUUUUCUCCCACUCGGCUGCCCGGGGGGUGUGCAAGAGUGCACGGAACGUUCCUGAUGAUAUCCUGCAACUUCUGAAGGAGAAUGGUGGCAUUGUGAUGGUGUCCUUGUCUGUGGGGGUGAUGCAAUGCAACCUGUUAGCCAAUGUGUCCACUGUGGCAGAUCACUUCGACCACAUCAGGGCUGUCAUUGGAUCCAAAUUCAUCGGGAUUGGUGGAGAUUAUGAUGGGACCAGCCGAUUCCCUCAAGGGCUGGAAGAUGUGUCCACAUACCCAGUACUGAUAGAGGAGUUGCUGAGUCGUGGCUGGAGUGAGGAAGAGCUCCAGGGUGUCCUUCGUGGAAAUCUGCUGCGGGUCUUCAGACAGGUGGAACAGGUACGGGAGGAAAACAAGGGGCAGAGGCCCUUGGAGGAUGAAUUCCCAGAUGAGCAGCUGAGCAGCUCUUGCCGCUCUGUCCUCCCGCCACUGCAUCACAGACAGUAUAUGGCUCCAUACCAGAAACUAACUGAGACUCCAACGCAUUGGACACCCAACUUGUCACCUAAGGAGUCAUUCUCAAAUUCCUCUCCCCACACAGCCCCAAGCUUCACAGUUAUUGCUGCCUUCCCAGUCCUCAUUCUGUGGCUCUGGUGACCCAGUCAAUCCUGCCAGAUUUCACUUUGGCAGCCGUGGACAUCCCACAAAGUUCUCCUGUUGUGCAGGCACAAACAUUUCCUGAAAAUAAAUAUUUUAGA